GCUUGGAAUAAUAAAAAAAAGUAAGUCGGGAACGCGCACGUAUGUGCGUGACAGUCGGAAACAGCGAGGACUAGAAAGAGCUUAACAGCAGCAGUAGGAGGAGGAUCGGGGCGCCAUGGCGACCAACAUAGAACAGAUCUUCCGUUCCUUCGUUGUUAAUAAAUUCAAGGAAAUACAGGAGGAGAAACAAAACAGCAGCUUUGAUGGUGUAUUCUGAAUCAAAAGAAUUAAAAAGUACUGAAAUUGUCUCAUCUGAUGAAGUAAAGAAGGAAACCUCAAGAAAGAAGUCAAAAAAACACAAAAAACACAAAAGUAAAAAGAAAAAGAAAAAAAAGAAAAGAGAGAAAAGUGAAAAACAUUCAAAAUCUGCUUCAAAUGUUGAGGACCAAGAGAAUGUAAAUGCGGAUCCCAAAUCUCUGUGGAGACCAGCCUUUGCCUCUCCUUCAAGGAAGGAAGAAAUAGUAGAUGCAACUCUGUUAAAUACAGAAAAUAUCUAUAAUGAAAAUGUCAGUUUAUCAUCUUUAGAGAAUGCACAGGAAAUAAAACUUGAUUCAUCAAAUAAAAGUCAGCCCUUUAGAUCAGAAGUGGAUUUAGAUUCUGGAUUUUUUGGUCCACGAUGUCCUACUGAGAAAUAUUGCCCCUCUAUAAUUGACUGUGAAAUGCAAAAACCAGUAGAGGAGUUAGCUCAUGAUUUUUUGCAGUCUAGGGAAAUUAUUAAUUUAGAAGAAGUUGACAAUAAUGAUAAUGGAGGAAUUAAAAAAUUAGACUUAUUGCCUAAUUCUGCAACAGGAGUAAAUUUGACGGAAGCAUGUGUAGUGCUUUCUCCAGCUAAUAAACCUGAAUCAUGCAAUAAGAAAUUAGAUGCUGUCGAAAAUAUUGAAUCAUUGUCUCCCUCUAAGAAUUUUCAUCAUACACAUGACAAAAACCUUUUAGAACAUCAACCAAGGCCAAGAUCAAAAUCAACCUCUAAAAAGCAGAGAAGAUUGGAAAGAAAAUCUCGUUCAAAGUCUGAUUCUGCAACAAGGAAACAUCGUUCAAGAUCACAAUCUUCGAUAAAGACAGUGCAUGGAAAUAAAGUCUCCUCUAAAUCUCCUUUAUUGGGACGCAGAUCACAUUCUAGCUCUGUGGGGCAUAAGCGUAGGUCACGCUCAAGUUCUGUUGGACAGAAGAGGAGAUCACGCUCUAAUUCUCCUGUUAGGAGGCAUCUUUCAAGAUCUCGAAGUCCCGUUCGUUUUUCUAGAUCACCAAUCCGAUCCUGGUGGUCAAAAUCCAUAAAAAAUAGAAAGAGGUCUAGGUCUAUGUCAAAUGCAAGAAGACACAGAUCACGGACGAGAUCAACAACAAGGAGACGGAGAUCACGGACAAGAUCAUUAGCAAGGAGAGACAGAUCAAGAACAAGAUCAGCCAUAAGAAAACGCAGAUCAAGGACAAGGUCAGCUGCAAGGAGGCACAGAUCAAGGACCAGAUCGGCUACAAGGAGGCACAGAUCAAGGACCAGAUCGGCAACAAGGAGGGAUAGAUCAAGGACCAGAUCGGCUACAAGGAGGCACAGAUCAAGGACAAGAUCGGCUAUAAGAAGGCACAGGUCAAGGACAAGAUCAGCUUCAAGGAGUCACAGGUCACGGACAAGAUCGGCUACAAGGAGGCACAGGUCUAGUUCCAAAUCCUUUACAAGGAGGCAAAAGUCGAGAUCCCCUAGUAGGAGGCGGAGGUCGCGAUCCCCUAGUAGGAGGCGGAGGUCGCGAUCCCCUAGUAGGAGGCGGAGGUCGCGAUCCCCUAGUAGGAGGCGGAGGUCGCGAUCCCCUAGUAGGAGGCACAGAGCAAGAUCUAGAUCUCUUGUAAAGAAAAGAUCACGGUCAAGUUCAACAACAAGAAAAAGAAAAUCUAGAUCUUGGUCACCUGCAAGAAGAAAAAGGUCACUCUCUGGGACAGCUACAAAGAGACAAACAUCUAGAUCUAAGUCAACUACUCAAUCAAAGUCAUUGACAGUGAACAGAAAAUCACGAUCUAGUUCUGCUACUGGAAAAAGAGAGUCGAAAUCCAGAUUAGCUGUUGAAAAGCAAAGGUCAAGAUCCAGAUCAGUUACAAAGAGAGAGAGGUCUAGAUCUGCAUCUAUAAAGUACUUUUCUAAGAUUUCAUCAGUGAGAAACAGAUCUAAAUCAAAAUCCGUUGAAAAGACCACUGUAGAUUUAUCUAAAAAGCCAGUUAAAUCUCAUACUUCCACACCUACUUCAUCUACAAAUCCAAAUCAGAAACAAUCGGUAAACUUGCAAACAGUUCACAAUGACAAUGCUACAGAAAAAAUGCUCACUGGUUGUUCAACACAGAGUCCUCAAGUUUCUCAUUCCUUAUGUCAUGUAUCGGACCGGGAGCAGUCAUCCCGUUCAAGCUCUAAAGCACCUUUGCCAGAGCAAUGCCAAUCUCCCUCAAUGCCAGCUAAUGAGCAGCAUCUGUAUUGUAUAGGAACAACUGAAUGCUGUAAAUCGUCCAAAGAGUUAUCACCUGAAACCACAAAAAUAUGUGAUAAAAUGUCCUCUCAAAAUCCAAGCAAACCUGAUUAUGCAGAAACUUUUCUGGAACCUGACAUUACUCAAAUUAAAAAAGUAACUGAGCAGGAUUUUGUAAAGUCACAAACGUUUAAAAAGGAUUUAUUUAGCUUCAAUUUAUCUAUGCAGUCAAUACCCUUAGAGCCCAAUGUUUCUAAAGAGACACUACAAUACUCAGUAAAGCAUAGUAGUUGUAAGCAAGACUUUGAAGUUUCAAACACACCCCAACUUGGCUGUUUAAAUAGCUCAGCUGCAAAGCAAAACUUCCAGGACUCUGCUGAUGAACAAUUGUCUUUGUCUCACUCAGUUGUAGAUACGACAUUUCAGGUCUCUGAUAGAAUGACAUCUUCGCAUGAGCACUCUGAGUUAGGUGCGGAGACUUUGCCUAAUGCAUAUACUAAACAAGAUUUCAUCACAGAUAAAGAGACUCUUUCAACAUUUUGUUCAGUGGUUCAUAAUGAACUAACAUUACAAUCCAGAGUGCCCCCUAAAUCUUUGAGUGCUGAACGCAAAGAAGAUGUAUCUGGUGUGUUAGAAAAUAAAUUGUUUUUGCAUACUAGUAUGAAUAUUUAUGAUGAACAUUUUGAGAAUACUGCAGAUCCUAAAAUAACUCAUUCUAGUGAGCAAAGUUCCUUUCACUUAACUUCUGGAAAGAAUGUUAUUGAUCCAAACAUAGUAACUGAUGUUAAGGACUGCUCUAACCCAGAAACAACAACUGAAAAGGAGAAAUUAGUGGUUGGUGUACUUAAAAUCAAAGAAAGAGUUAGUGCUUGUGGUAUACCAUUCAUAGAGAAUAUUUCAAAGUCCUCCAUGAGUGAAGAAAUAAUGCAGAAGAGUGAUGCAGCAGGCCAUCAAACGAAUAUGACAUCUGAAGAAACAUAUUUUGAAAAUAAAAGGAGUUUCAUGGAUGCAGAAAAUGUAGUUUCCAUUAUUUCUGAAGGGGGAACUGAAAGCAAACCAUUGCUUGAGAAACAAUCCAUAUUUGAUACAAGUUUUACAGUUUCUAGUAAGGAUACCCUGUUUACUCAACACCUAACUGAAAGCUCCCUGACACAUUUUAGACCGCUUUUUUCUGCACAUACUGCUUGUGCCUUUAAAAAUUCAUGCUCCGGUUUAGAAGAUGAGCAUCUCAAUUCUAUUAAGAUAUUAAAGGAAAACAACCCAGACCCAAUAAAAGAGCUUCUAGUUAAAGGUGAACACACAGACUAUCUUAGUUUAACUGAUACCAACGCCACCACUCAUACGGCACUUAGGACUAAUGCUAACUUUAACAGUCCAUCUGAUACAAACUUAAAAUCUUAUGAAGGAAAAGUAGUGUUAAACACAGAACAUUUGAUAGAUCAUCUCCCCCCAAAAGAACUAUAUAAGCAAAAAAACAUAUGCAGUUCUUUUGAUAUGUUUUCUGAAGAGGGGCAAAACUAUUUCAGUAGUUCACAAGAUUCUGAGUUAGAUGUCUGCCAGCGCCACCAGAAUGUUGUGCAGAAUGCUAGUACAGACCCACACGAUGUUGAACUUUAUGACAGCUUGCCCUCUCCAAAUGUUAAGGUACAAGUUACCUCCCUCACUGAAGAAUCUAUUCAACAAAUAACGUUGUCCAAUAAGUGUGCAGAGCCAACCAUCUCACCACUCCUUAAAGAUACAGAGAGUUUUGUCUGUAAACCUUCUGAAAGUGAUUUUCCAAACUUCCAGGUGGCCAACCUGCAAGUUUAUAUGCCUACGGAUAAGCAACAAAUAAAUAAAGCAAUUUCAGCUGAACAAAAAUCUGAGUCCAGUUCCAUCUCUGAACAAGUAAUCUGCACAUCCUCUGUUUCCUACGAGCCCUCAUCUACUCUUGAAGAACCAAAUGGCAAUACAUUGCACCAGCCUGUUAUCAAGUCUCUUACUGCUUGUGAAGAGUUCAUCUGCGGCCAUGCUUCACCUUGUGAAAAAAAUGUUAAAACUCUUGUCAAGAACAGUACAUUUGUGCCAGACUGUCAUACAGCAGGCAAGUUGCUUAGCUCUAACCAGGAUACUGACAUCACGGACAAAGCACUUAAUGAGUAUAAGGAAAAUAAAUACAAAGAAGAUAUCUAUCCGUCAUUUGUAGCAGACAAGCAUGAGGCUAGCACCAGUAACCAGAGAGAGUUAAUUGAUUUAGUGACUGAUGAAAACCAUAUUUUGCAGCAUUCUUCUGAGCACAAACAACUUAAAAGUAAAUCAGAUAGAGAUCAUGUUAGCAUCGGUGGUUUUACAGAAGAAAAAAUAAGUAUAAUUAGACAAGAACCAUUAAAUUCAGCUUUUUCAUCGCUGAACCCUCCCUCAGGUUCUUUAACAAUUUCUCAGAUUGAGAACCCACCUGCACUUGAAGAUGGUAUUUCUUUGAGCAUCCCCAUAAUGCAAGAUCCUAUAGGGGCACCUGUUCAACAAACUUUACCUCAGUUAAUUAAAACUGAUCAGUAUGACCUAGGUACUGAUUCUAAUUAUAGGAAUUUAGUUCCUGAUAAAAUGCCAGGAGCCAGCUCUAAGAAUUCCGUGAUAAUAGGAUCUGAGUCUCUUAAAGCUGAUAAAAGUGCACAUGAGUCAAGUAAGAUAAAUUAUCUGCUGAUCAGUGAGUCGAAGACUGAUCUCCCAACCAGAAACAGUGGUAUUGAUUCAUGUUUGGAACAAGAGCCAAGAGAAAUUAUUGAACAGGAAAGCUUUCAUUCUUAUGUUUCGAUACAAACUGUUAAGCAAAAGCAUAUUAAUAAAGCCCCAGACCAGCAGCUUUUGGAUUCUAACUCUAUUUCAGAAUUGGAUCUGAAGACGUCUCCUGUCAUUGAUCAGGUGAAGACCACAGACAAUGUAUUCUCUGAGAUAACAGAGUUCACAAAGCAACAAGACACAAGUGAAAAUAAGGAUAAUUCAAGUGCAACAAAAGAAGUUAGUAGCGUAGAACUUUCUUCCAAGCAUGUGACAACUGGCAGUUUAAGUAACCUGGAUCCUGCUGGCUCAAACUCUGAAACAUAUUCUAGGAUUAAAAGUCUCAGCUCUUUAACAAUGAACUAUGAAUUCAGUCAAAAUAAGCAAAAUAAAUUGCCUAAACAUGAAAUUCAGAAAUCUGAUAAAGAAAUUAAAGUAAAACGUACUUCUUCUGUAACAUCACUUCCACUUAAUUUCAAGUUCAGCAAAACUUUCAAACAAGUCAAUGUCUCACCUCUGCAAGAUGGCACUGAUCUCGGGUUAUCUGAUUCUGAAACCUUGCAGUUAGGUUGCCUGUCUGUUAUAGAUAAAACUAAAUCAGCAGCUACAAGAUGUACACAAGCUACCCAGUCUUCUCCAAACAAUUCCCCUUAUUAUAACUCUUCAAAGGAGCCAAAGCCGACAAAGUCUGGAUCUUCAAUGUCAGAGAAUUCACUCUCAGUAAGGCAGGUUUUGCCAGAUCCUUCACAAACUAGAGUCAAAUCUGGAGAAGAGCCCCCGAAUGCAGCUAAGCUACCUGCCCUGGAGAUAUUAGAGUCAGACAGUCUUCCUAAACCAGAAUACGCACAUUCAACUGUGGUUAGCAAACCUACUUUUCCAAAUAUUUCUAGUGCUAUAUCAAAAAUGGGAGUCAAGCAACGCCAAUAUCGAUCAAGAUCUAUGGCCCAAGAAAGUCGAUCACCCUCUCUAGAUCAUGGACAAGUAACACGCUCCCGUUCAAAAUCUGCAUCUCGGAAAAGGCACUCACGUUCUAAAUCCCAGUCAAUAUCCUGGAGGAAACGUUCACGUUCUAAGUCAGGAAACCGAAGAAGAUCACGCUCAAAAUCGGUCAGAAAAAAACUCCCAGGAACCAAAAAUCAACGCUCACACUCCAAGUCAAAAGGCAGGAAGAAAUGUUCACCUCCAAAGUCAGCAGGAAAAAGGAGAUCUCGUUCAAAUUCUGCAGAGAAAAGGCGAGUCUCUUACUCCAAGAAGAGACGCUCAAGAUCCAGAUCAUCCAACCGAGGAAAGCGAUUUCGCACCAGGUCACCAGCUCGAAAGAGGCAUUCACCUUCUAAAUCAGAAGGCAGGAAACGACGCUCACGCACCAAGUCACCAGCCAGGAGGGGGCGUUCACAUACAAAGUCUUUAUCACCAGGAAGCCGCUCCAGCUCCAAAUCUGCAUCAUCGAGGCGCCGCUCCCAUUCAAAAUCUACUUCACUAAGACAUUCUUCAAGGCAUUCUACUUCUGUAUCUCCAGCAAAAUGGAGACGAAGCCGCUCAAGAUCUCGUGCCCGUUGGCAGCGCUCUAGAUCAAAAGCAAGGUGGCGUCGAUCUCGUUCUUUAUCAACCUCCAGACAACGUCCUUCUCGAUCAACUUCCAGACAUUCUCACUCUAUGUCAAAAAAGAGACGUCAUCGUACAUCUUCCAUGUCACCAGUGCUUAAACGCAGCUCUCGGCAAAAAGACAAAUCUCCUUCAAGCAGGUGUAACUCUAAAUCUUCAUCACCACCCCCACCCCCACCAAAGAAAACUGUGCAGUCAAAAUCACUUGCAAUUAAACAAAGUGCUGGUUUAAAGUCUCUUAUACAAAAGCAAUUAUUAAAAGCUAAAUCACAAAGUUCUGGUACAAAAACCAAGGAACCGUUGACUGUUCCUGAUGUGACUGUAGCAACGAAAAUUCCAAUGCCUAGUUUGCCUGCUCGAUCACGGAAUCCUGUUCGCAACCAGACUCCUAGAACUCAAUGGCUUAUGGCCAACCUGACAGCUGAAAGUCAGAUACCUUUGCCUAACCAGACACCUAUGCAUAAUUUGGUUCCGGGAUCACAAUGGUCCAUGCCUGAUCUUACUGCUGGAAACCAAUGGCCCAUAUCUAACAUGACAUCUGAAACUCAGUGGCCAGUGUCUGAAAUGCAUUCUGAAACUCAGUGGUCCAUACCUGACCUACAUCAUGGCAUACAGUGGCCAGUGACUGAUAUGCAUAGUGGAAACCAGUGGCCAUUAACAGACAGUGCUGCUGGUACCCAGUGGCCCAUGGCAAAUCUUGCACAAUCUCAGUGGUCUGUGCCUGACCUAACUACUGGAACCCAUUGGCCUAUGCAGGACCUCAGUGCUGGAACUCAGUGGCCUGCUCCUGAUCUCACUGUAGGAACACAGUGGUCCAUGCCCAGCAUUACUGGUACUCAGUGGCCUUUGCCUGACUUAGCUGCUAGCACUCAGAGAUCAGUGCCUGACUUAGCUGCUGACACACAAAGGUCAUUGCCUGACUUGGCUGCUGGUGCUCAAAGAUUAGUGUCUGGUGCUGGCACACAAGGAUCUGUCCCAGACUUAGCCGCUGGAACACCAAGGUCAAUGCCAGACCUUGCUUCUGAAGUACACUACCUGCCACCUGGAGUUGAGCUUGCCCAAUUAGCAACUGGUGUAGAGUCUGGUGUGGAAAUGCCACACCUUGAACCUGGAGUAGAUUUGCCCUAUAUGGCACCUGGAACAGAAGUUGUAGCACAAAUUACACAGUCUUCCAUGCUGCCGGUUCUGGAAUCUGGGGUAGAGACUAUGGCAAAGAUUCCACAGUUUUGUACAGUAGCUGGAGUUGAUAUUCCUCAUCAUGCAGCCAGAACAAAUGCUGAGAGAGAGAUUCAACAAUCUAUUCUUCAAUCUGAAGCAGAAGCGCAACACAUCUGUCUGAAAGCAGGAGCAGAUAAGCCUGACCUCGUGACUGGAACAAUUUCUGUAAGAACAGUUAUUCAGUCUCGAGACAAACAGGCUGGUACUAUGCCUUUUUCUGAGAGUGAAGCUAUGUUGUCCUUUUCGUCUGCUAUGGCUGAAGAAGAGGUGACAUCAUCUGCCCUGGUAGAGGCUGGAUCAGAAGUGCUGCCUCUUACUGGAUUGAAGACAAGAGUAGAAGAGCCUCCUCUAUCUGUCCAGGAGGCUGGAUCACAGCUGUCUCUGCCCUCUGUCCUAGAGUCGGGAACAAACUUGUUGCCUCUCCUUGUCCUUGAGGCUGGAGCAAAACUGUCACAGCCAUUUGUCCUAGAGGCUGGAGCACAUGAGCUGUCUGUCCUGGAGGCUGAAGCACCCAAGCUGCCAGAGCUGUCUGUCCUGGAGGCUGAAGCACCCAAGCUGCCAGAGCUGUCUGUCCUGGAGGCUGAAGCACCCAAGCUGCCAGAGCUGUCUGUGCUGGAGGCAGAAGCACCGAAGCUGCCAGAGCUGUCUGUGCUGGAGGCUGAAGAACCCAAGCUACCAGAGCUGUCUGUGCUGGAGGCUGAAGAACCCAAGCUGCCAGAGUUGUCUGUGCUGGAGGCUGAAGCACCCAAGCUGCCAGAGUUGUCUGUGCUGGAGGCUGAAGCACCCAAGCUGCCAGAGCUGUCUGUGCUGGAGGCUGAAGCACCCAAGCUGUCUGUGCUGGAGGCUGAAGCACCCAAGCUGCCAGAGCUGUCUGUGCUGGAGGCUGAAGCACCCAAGCUGCCAGAGCUGUCUGUGCUGGAGGCUGAAGCACCCAAGCUGCCAGAGCUGUCUGUGCUGGAGGCUGAAGCACCCAAGCUGCCAGAGCUGUCUGUGCUGGCGGUUGAAGCACCGAAGCUGCCAGAGCUGUCUGUGCUGGCGGUUGAAGCACCCAAGCUGCCAGAGCUGUCUGUGCUGGCGGCUGAAGCACCCAUGCUGCCAGAGCUGUCUGUCCUGGAGGCUGAAGCACAUGAGCUGCCAAAGCAGUCUGUCCUGGAGGCCGAAGCACACAAGGGCCCCAAGCUGUCUGCCCUGGAGGCUGAAGCAUGCGUGCUGCCAGAGCCGUCUGCCCUGGAGGCUGAAGCAUGCGUGCUGCCAGAGCCGUCUGCCCUGGAGGCUGAAGCAUGCGUGCUGCCAGAGCCGUCUGCCCUGGAGGCUGAGGCAUGCGUGCUGCCAGAGCCGUCUGCCCUGGAGGCUGAAGCAUGCGUGCUGCCAGAGCCGUCUGCCCUGGAGGCUGAAGCAUGCGUGCUGCCAGAGCCGUCUGCCCUGGAGGCUGAAGCAUGCGUGCUGCCAGAGCCGUCUGCCCUGAAGGCUGAAGCAUGCGUGCUGCCAGAGCCGUCUGCCCUGGAGGCUGAAGCAUGCGUGCUGCCAGAGCCGUCUGCCCUGGAGGCUGAAGCAUGCGAGCUGCCAGAGCCGUCUGCCCUGGAGGCUGAAGCACAUGAGCUGCCAGAGCCGUCUGCCCUGGAGGCUGAAGCACAUGAGCUGCCAGAGCCGUCUGCCCUGGAGGCUGAAGCACAUGAGCUGCCAGAGCCGUCUGCCCUGGAGGCUGAAGCAUUCAAGCUGCCAGAGCCGUCUGCCCUGGAGGCUGAAGCAUACGAGCUGCCAGAGCCGUCUGCCAUGGAGGCUAAAGCAUACAAGCUGCCAGAGCCGUCUGCCCUGGAGGCUGAAGCAUACAAGCUGCCAGAGCCGUCUGCCAUGGAGGCUAAAGCAUACAAGCUGCCAGAGCCGUCUGCCCUGGAGGCUGAAGCAUACAAGCGGCCAGAGCCGUCUGCCCUGGAGGCUGAAGCAUACAAGCGGCCAGAGCCGUCUGCCCUGGAGGCUGAAGCAUACAAGCGGCCAGAGCCGUCUGCCCUGGAGGCUGAAGCAUACAAGCGGCCAGAGCCGUCUGCCCUGGAGGCUGAAGCAUACAAGCGGCCAGAGCCGUCUACCCUGGAGGCUGAAGCAUACAAGCUGCCAGAGCCGUCUGCCCUGGAAGCUGAAGCAUACAAGCUGCCAGAGCCGCCUGCCCUGGAGGCUGAAGCAUACAAGCUGCCAGAGCCGCCUGCCCUGGAGGCUGAAGCAUACAAGCUGCCAGAGCCGCCUGCCCUGGAGGCUGAAGCAUACAAGCUGCCGGAGCCGUCUGCCCUGGAGGCUGAAGCAUACAAGCUGCCGGAGCAGUCUGCCCUGGAGGCUGAAGCAUACAAGCUGCCGGAGCCGUCUGCCCUGGAGGCUGAAGCAUACAAGCUGCCGGAGCCGUCUGCCCUGGAGGCUGAAGCAUACAAGCUGUCGGAGCCAUGUGUCCUGGAGGAUGAAGCAAACAAGAUGUCGGAGCCGUCUGUCCUGGAGGAUGAAGCAAACGAGCUGUCAGAGCCAUCUGUCCUAGAAGCGGGACCACAUGAGCUGUCAAAGCCAACUGUCCUGGGGACUGGGGCCCUUGAGCUAUCAGAGCCAUCUGUUCUGCAGGCUAAAGCACCCGAGCUGUCUGAGCCAUCUUUCCUGGAGGCUGGAACACACAAGCUGUCAGAGCUGGAUGCUGGAGCCUACGAGCUGUUGGAGCCGCCUGCCCUGGAGGCUGGAGCUUCUGAGCUGUCAGAGCCGCCUGCCCUGGAGGCUGGAGCUUCUGAGCUGUCAGAGCCGCCUGCCCUGGAGGCUGGAGCUUCUGAGCUGUCAGAGCCACCUGCCCUGGAGGCUGGAGCUUACAAACUGUCAGAGCCGCCUGCCCUGGAGGCUGAAACCCACAAGCUGUCAGAGCCAUCUGCCCUGGAGGCUGGAGCCCACGAGCUCUCAGAGCCAUCUGCCCUGGAGGCUGGAGCCCACGAGCUCUCAGAGCCAUCUGCCCUGGAGGCUGCAGCCCAUGGGACUCCUCUGAUGCCUAUCCUGGAGAAUGGAACUGAGGCUCCACAACCCUCUAUGGAGGCUGGUGCAGAGAGUUUGCCACCAUUGCAUAUCCUGGGUGGUGGAGCAGAGGUGAUGCAGCGAUCUUCCCUGGAGACUGAAGCAGAGGUACCACAUCCUCAAUCUGUCCUUGAAGCUGGUGCAGAAAUGCUAUGGCACCCAUCAGUCCUGGAGGCUGGCACAGAGUUUCCACACCUAUCUGUCCCAGAGUCUGCAGUGGAGGGGCCACCCUCACUUGUUCUACUUGUUGGAAUGGGGACAUCACCCCCAUCUGUCUUAGAAGCUGGAGUAGAAAUUUCAUACCUUGCAUCUGGAUCUGGAACAGUGAGUGAUAUGCUUCACUUAUGCCCUACCGCUGAAGCAGAAGUUCCUCAGUCUUGCUUUGAGACUAGAUCAGAGAUACCACAGUCUGUUCUUUAUACUGCAGCUGAAGUGCCACAAUCUGUCCUGACAACUGCAAGUGAAAUGCCAAAACCUGUGUUUAGAAAAGAGCCAGAGAAAAUACAUUGGUGCCAGAACACUGAAGCAGAAGUUCCUCAGUCAUGCUUUGUGGUGGAAUCAGAUGUUUCCCAGCCCUGUUUUAAACCUGUUAUAGAUAUACAUAAAUCUGUCCUGGGAGCUGGUGUAGAGAUUUCUCUGAUAGAUGUAACUCCAAGAGAUACUAAUACAGUAAUACAGUCUGUCUUGGCACAUGGAAAAGAUGUAGCAGAGAUCCCAAAUUCAUCCUUAAUGCCAGAAGCAGAGGUUCCACAGUCAUGCUUUGAUGCUGAAGUAGAGGUGAACAAGAAUGUUGAAGCACCUGUUGAAGUGCCACAGCUGUACCUGAUAGCUGUACCCAACAUGGAUACUCAAGCAUCUGUCUUGGCUGCUGAUUAUCAGACAGGAACUCAUCUAGCCAUGUCUUAUCAAUCAAAAUCAGAGAAAGAUGCUAAAUUCUACCCCCCUUUUAAUGAAAGAAUAGAUUGCCAAGGUCGAGAUCAUAGAGAAAAUGUAUUGACUUCAAAAUCAGCAUUAUGCACAGAAGUACUUGUGGAUGUUGAGUCAGGAUGCUUAUCUGUACCUGAGCACCAUGCCUUGACUUGUCAUUCUGUGUCACAUGAUUCCAAAGAGAACACAGACGAGUCCCUAAUGAGUGUUGUCCCUAGAAGCAGUGAACAUCCUCUGAGCACCGUUCAUUUACUGCAGGAUAAAAUGAGUUUGUGCAGUGAUAAUGUGACUGUAGAUCAUCCUGACAAUAGAGAUCAGUUUCUGCCACACACUCUCCCUGCCUCAGCUUGUCACUCAGUACAAGAUGUCCAUUCUGCAUCCACUGACUCCACUUUACCAGAUGUCCCUACUUCCAUGAAGUCACUACUACUUGAAGAUCAUUCUGUCCCUGCUAACCUCCUGUGCCAGGAAGAUCCCCCAGCCUCCACAGUGCUCCCACUUAUAGAAGAUUUUGCUGCUUCCACUGGGCCUUUCGCCUUGCAUGCCUCCACUGGGCCUCAGCACCCAAAUGAGCUCCCUGCUUCUAAUGAGCUCCCUGCUUCUAAUGGAUCCCUGCUGCUAGAAAAUUUCCCACCUUCAAAAGGCUUGCUACUGGAACAUCUUUCGCUCUCCACCAAACUCCUAAUGAAGGAAGAUCUUCCUCCCUCCCAUGAGCUUCCUCUAACAAAACAUAUUUGUACCCAUGCCAGCCCCCUGUUAAAGAAAGAUCUCCCUUACUCACCUGUACUGACAUUGCCAGAAGAUAUCCCUCUUUCUACUGUGCUCCUACUCCCAAAAGAUGUUCCUGGCUCUGAGCCCCCACUCCUUGAAAAUGUCCAAGCCUCCCCUGGGCCCCCACUGCCAGAUGAUGUCCCUGCUUUCCCUGGGCCCCCACUGCCAGAUGAUGUCCAAGCCUCCCCUGGCCCCCCACUGACAGGUGAUGUGCAAGCCUCCCCUGGCCUCCCACUUCCAGAUGAUGUGCAAGCCUCCCCUGGGCUCCCACUUCCAGAUGAUGUGCAAGCCUCCCCUGGGCUCCCACUUCCAGAUGAUGUGCAAGCCUCCCCUGGGCUCCCACUUCCAGAUGAUGUGCAAGCCUCCCCUGGGCCCCCACUUCCAGAUGAUGUCCCUGCUUUCCCUGGGCCCCCACUGCCAGAUGAUGUCCAAGCCUCCCCUGGCCCCCCACUGACAGGUGAUGUGCAAGCCUCCCCUGGCCUCCCACUUCCAGAUGAUGUGCAAGCCUCCCCUGGGCUCCCACUUCCAGAUGAUGUGCAAGCCUCCCCUGGGCUCCCACUUCCAGAUGAUGUGCAAGCCUCCCCUGGGCCCCCACUUCCAGAUGAUGUGCAUGCCUCCGCUCUGCUUUCACUGCAGACAGCUUAUUCCCAUUUGCCUCCACUGCCAGAUGAUAUCCCUGUAUCUGCUGGUCCCUUGCUAAUAGAAGAUUAUUCUGUCACCACCAAGCAGCCUCUGCUGGAAGCUAACCCUGCCUGCACUGAGCAGCUACAAGAACAAUCUUCUGUUGACAACAUUUCUGGGUUUAACCAAAGACCUUUAAAAGCAGAUGUUACUGUUAUUGCUAAACAGCCUUUUAUCUCAAUUUUACAUUUGCCAACAGAGCCUCAUGCUAGUCAAGGUGCCACUACUACAUUCGGAAUUAAUGAACAAUUAAAAUUUAACAGAGAUACUUCUACAGAACAUUCCCAGUCAUUGUCUAUAUCUGCUACACAAACCCUUUGUGAGUCAAAAAGUUUUAAUGAGCCUUUGCAGGUUGAUAAUCAGUUUAAAAUUACACCUCCAAACCUUGUGCCAUAUGACUCUGAACAAGUAACGGACAUACCUGCAGCUGUACCUGAACUUACUUCUGAACAGGUUCUUUUAAAUUCUGAGCCUCCUCCUCAGCUGUUGCCCUAUGAUUCUGAACAGCCUACUGAUAAUUAUUUUGAUAUUUCAGAGUAUGCCUCUGAGCAAUCAUCUUUAGUAUUUCGUGCCCCACCUGAGCUUGUGCCUUAUGAUUCUGAUGAACCUGCUGCUCAUUCUCCUUAUGAACAAUCUAAGGAGAAACUUGCAUCUGUCUCCAGUCCAGUCCACAAUAUUUCUCAAUCUGAACUUUCAUCUUCAAAUAAGCAACAAAGUGAUCAACAUCUUUCUGCUGUAGUGUUAUAUUCAGCUAAGAUGUCAUUGAAUUCUCAUGAUUAUAUAGAUGGAUUUAAUUCUACAGAAAACAGUUCUUCUAAGGAAAUGGUAUGUUUACCGAAAGCAACCUCUAGUCAGUCACAUGUUAAUUCUGGUGUUGCCUCCUACUUCUCAAAACAGUCUUCAGUACAAACUACUUUGCUCACAGAUGAGCAAUCAAUCAUUCUCAAGUCUUCAGAACAAGAGUUGCCUGAUGGUAAGUCUAACAUGUUGACCGCAGAAUUGCCCACUGAGGAAUCAUAUAUUGAACCUAAACAGUUUACUGAAGUAUCACCAGCAUUGGAAUCGUCCCUUAAACAGCCACAAACAUUUCCAGAAAUUGUGCUUGAACAUCACAAUUCUUCAUUAUCAGCUAACUUAACAGAACAAUGUCCUUCAGUAGCUGUUGGCCAGUUAAGUACCACUAAACCUUGCUCAUCCACUGAUGCAUUAGUCACUGGUGAUGGACAACAAAACAUUUCACCAUUGCCCAUUGAGAGAGAAGAAAAGCCAGGGGUACAUGUUGGAGCCUCAGAAGACCGGUCACAUUCAAAGCCUGUAAACAAAAGCCAUCCCUCACCUUUGACAACUGAUCAAGCAAGGGAUUCACGGUCUAAGUCAUUGGGAAGGAAGAAAUCAUCAAAAUCAAAAGAGAGAAAAAGAUCACGGUCAAAGUCGAGUGUGUGUAGGAAAAGGUCACAAUCCAGAUCAGUAUCAAGAAAGAGGCGGUCACAAUCAAAAUCUGUAGUGAGGAGUAAAAAGUCACGGUCCAAGUCAACCACAAGAAGGAGACGUUCUCUUUCUAAAUCAAUUGCACAAAGAAAGCGCUCCCGUACAAAAUCUGCAGGACGCAGAAGGCGUUCCCGGUCAGUCUCUGCCACCCGCAGGAGGCGCUCUCACUCUGCAUCGCGAAAAAGGCGCUCUCGGUCAAUAUCCGCUUCUUGCAGGAGGCGCUCUCGGUCAACUUCUGCGCCCCGCAGAAGGCGCUCUCGCUCUGCGUCCCGCAGAAGGCGCUCUCGCUCGGCAUCCCACAGGAGGCGCUCUCGCUCGGCAUCCCACAAGAGGCGCUCCCACUCUCCAUCUGUUUUGCGUAAGAGGCGCUCGCGCUCUACAUCUGUAUCUCGUAGGAGGCGCUCACGCUCUGCAUCUCAUAGGUGGCGCUCACGCUCUGCGUCUCCAUCUCACAGGAGGCGCUCACGCUCGGUAUCGGUUAUUCGCAAGAGGCGAUCACGCUCCAUUUCAACUCACAAGAAGCGCUCGCGCUCCACCUCAGCUCAUAAGAGGCGCUCGCGCUCCACCUCAGCUCAUAAGAGGCGCUCGCGCUCCACCUCAGCUCAUAAGAGGCGCUCGCGCUCCACCUCAGCUCGCAAAAGGCGUUCACAUUCCAAGUCAUUGAGUCCAAGAUCUCCAUCUCUCAAGAAAUGUGGUCAAUCAAAAUCUGAUCAUUCACGGAGUCCAUCCAUAUCUAAUACUGGACGUAAGAGAAAAACCAAGUCACGUUCCUCAUCAAGAGACAAAAAUAAAUCAAAUGAAAAGAGGCGAAAAAGAUCCAACUCUAAAGAGCGCUAUACCAUCAAAUUAAGACGAAGGAGUAGGAGCCCUCUGCGAAGAAAAAAAUCAAGAUCUCCUGUAAGAAGGGGUAGCGUGUGCAGAUCGCCAAUAAGGAGGAGAAGAUCAAGGUCACCAGUUAGAAGGAAAAGUUUUAGCAGAUCUCCUAUACGUCGGAAACGUUCAAGAUCUAGAGACCAAUUAAAGGACCCAAACAGGUCACCUAAACGCCUCACUGAUCUUGAUAAAGCCCAGCUUCUUGAAAUAGCCAAAGCAAAUGCAGCAGUCAUGUGUGCUAAGGCAGGUGUACCCUUACCACUAAGUUUGAUGCCUAGUAUGACUCCUGUUGCACCGUUAGAUGAAAAAGGUACUCAUCGAACAUAUGGUGUUACAAUUCAAGAACUUACUGAGAUACUCUCCACAGAGGGACCUUUCAAUAAUGCCCUACUCAUAGCUGAGCUGAGAGACGCACUUUUGCCCAAAAUAGACUGUCUCCUAGCAUCCUGUGCUAGCCUAUGUAGCAUAUUGAGAGUAACGGAACAAGCUUGUCAGCAAAAUCAGCGCAUCUCCACAUCUACCCCUCAGGAUACAGUACCAAGCUCAACAGCAUACCUGGGGGAAGAAGGAGACUCAGAGUCCUCAGAUCCUUCAUGGCAGAGAAAAGAAGUGGCUACAAAAAUGACUGAAGCGACUCUCUCCUAUUUGAGCCUGCCGACACCCGCCAGGGAGCAAAACCAGGGAUCAGAGAAAGGCUCAUUGACAUCUCUGUUGGCCCACCUGACACUCGAUACAGAUCUGGACAUAAUUUCUAAACUGUCUCUCACAGGAAAAGUCGCUCAAGCCUACACUACUAGUAUCAUCGAAACUAAAGGAGAACCACUGCACUCCCAGCAUAGGUCAUAUACCACACCUGAAACUUAUACUGCUUACCAAAAAGAGAGCAUGCUUGCACGACUGGCCAAUAACUCUAGAAAGGUCUGGUCUCUUGAUAGGAACACGGAAUAUACCCUGGCAGGCCUGAAAGACAUGCCUCGCUAUUGCCCAUAUGAGAGGUGUCAUUGGUGGGUUUCUUUUAUUUUGAAGAACCCCACAGUAAAGCCAGCUCUAAAAAAUCAGGUAACUUUGACGAAAGAGUUUCCAGUAUCAUCGGGAUCUCAGCACAGGAUAAAAGAAGCAGACAAAGUCUAUGGUGAAUGGGUACCAGUAGCUAAAAAGACAGAGGAGAGCAAAGACGAUGUUUUUCCUACCACAGGUUCUUCACAGCAAGUGGAUAUCACUUCAGCAAUGAAUGAGCGUGCAGUUGCCCAGGCUCGGCUUACAGAGAAUCAGUUUGAUCUUGAAGCAUUAUGCUUGCUAAACCGUGCACAGGAACAGAUUGAUGUCUGGGCCCAUCACUCUUCAGCAAUUCCAGGCUACUUCACAGGAAGCACUGGUGCACAAGUCCUGACUGCAGACGAGAUCAGCAACAGUGGUCCACAGGCUUGGUUUAAAAAGGAUCAGUUUCUCAAAGCCGCUCCAGUAACUGGAGGAAAAGGAGCCGCUCUCAUGCGUAAAAUGGGAUGGAAAGAAGGAGAUGGUCUUGGCAGAUUUAAAGAGGGAAACGUUAAUCCAAUUCUUGUUGAUUUUAAGACUGACCGGAAAGGAUUGUUGGCAGAUGGAGAAAAAGCUUCCAACAAAGUAGCUGUACCGUUAAUGAAGGAUCUCUCUGGAAAACAUCCAAUCUCGGCACUAAUGGAGCUCUGCAAUAAGAAGAAGUGGUGUCCUCCUGAUUUUGAGCUGGUGGAUGAUACCGGCCCUGACCAUCGUAAAAAAUUCCUUUUUAGGGUGACCGUUAAUGGAACUGUGCAUCAGCCCAGCCAGUCAAGCCUCACUAAGAAGCUCGCUAAAGCUACUGCGGCUGCGGCGGCCCUUCUGGGCAUGGGAACAUUAUCAAAGGACAGUGUGACUUCAACCACUUCAACCACCCCCUUUUUAAGUGCCGCCGCCAGCAAUUCAUAGGAUGAUUAAUGUAUGAGGACAUUUCAUGCAAAUCUGUAUCAUUUUAAAAUAAAACGUGUUUGUUUUUGUUUUUUUUUACGAUUACAAUUAAAAAACAAGUCUGGGCUCAUUUAAUUAUUUGUAUAUAAAUAUUUUUUAUAUAUAUAUUUGUCAUGUUUUUGGGCUACACAUUGGUGUAAAAAUGAAGUCCCUUUUUUUUUUUUUUUUAUUCUCCCUCAAGAAAAUGUUGUAUGUAAGUAGCUUUUUAAAUAGCUAAUCUAAAUGUUUGCUGGUGUUGCAUUUAUAAAUACUAAGAGCUUGUUUUACUGGUGUCCAAAGGAUUUCGCGCCAUAUGUUCCAAAAAUGUUUUAAGCACUGUAAAAAAUGUCCAAGUUUAUGUCUGAAAACCAAAAGGUGGCAUAAAGCUCUCUUCAUAUUCUAUUUAAUUGCAGGUACAUUAGACACUUUCUCUUGUGUGGGUCUGCGGAUAAGAAAUGGAAUAACAGUAGAAUGCAUGUUCUCAUUACUACACAGAGUGAAAUAGUCCCUUGUGUUAGUCCCAUUAUUUUGAGGACAUGAUUUUCUGUUUAAGUGCAAUUCAUUUGAGAUUUUCUUAAAUGUUAACAAUGCUGCUGUUGUAGUUUAAACAUUUCGGACUCUCUAGUCUCUGUAUUCUGCUUGCUUGUUGUUUUUGUUUUCUUUUUCAAUUAGAAUGUGAAAAUUGAAUGUAGUUUAAUUUUGGCCAGAAUUGGCUUGUAACAUACAUUUAAUUGCUGUACAUAAGCUCAAUUAAAGUGUAUAAAACAUA